AUGAUUUUUUUCUGUUUAGUUUUACCAGGAUUAUAUGUUUUGACAUCUAAUCGUAAACGAAAAACAUAUGAAGAAAUUAUUGGUACUAUUAUUAAAUUAGCAGGUAGCCGACAAAAGGUUUUGGCAGUUCAUACAAUUGUAUCGGAUUACGAAGACUCAUGGUUACGUGCUGUUGAAAACGUGUUGCCGAAUGUGUCUCGUCUUGGAUGCUGGUUUCACUACACCCAAGCAUGUUAUCGAAACAUCAAAAAGUUAGGAUUAUCUGAUUUAUAUGAUGAUGAACCAGAUUUACGAUUACAUUUACGAAAGUUUCUGGCACUUGCCUUGCUUCCACAAGAUCAGAUUCGUCGAUGUUUCAAACAUUUAUGUAAAAAUAUUGAUCCACGAUUACAACCCUUCAUUCAAUAUUUCAAACAACAGUGGAUGUAUGAUAUGGGUCCACAUCUUUGGUGUGUGGCUGAUUCAGAAAUCAGAACGAAUAACAGCUCGGAAGGUAAGGAAGAAUUUUUUUUAAACACUGAAUAUUAUUGGUAAUCUGUAUUUCAUUUUCAGCAUAUAAUCGUCGAUUCAAGAGCAGAAUGUUAAAUAUACAUCCGAACAUAUGGAAGUUCAUUCACACGCUUAAAAAUGAAGAACAUCAUAUGAUUCAAAGAAAUCUCCAUCAAUUGAUAGGAGAUACAUGUGGUUUUGCAUCUUCGACACGCAAACGUGCUAAACAAGCAUUAAAAAAAACUUCUCAAAUCAAAAAGUUACAUCGAUUAUUUACUGAAGAAAAAAAAACACUGGAACAACUUAUUCUUGGUUUAUCAUUUCUGGUGGGUGAAGCCGUGGCGAAAAAGAAAAAAAAAAGAAACCAUCACAAGUAGUUGGAUUAGAUGAUUCGAAUAUUUAGCUUUCUUGAAUCUUUUUUUUAUGCGACUGCAAAGGAAGGUGAAUGUGCUUCGGUGAUUUUCUAUAUGGAAGAUUGGUGCUAUGUAAUCACUUAAAUUCUUUGAAAUAUUCAACUAAUUGAAAUUCACUUAUUUUUUCUUAUUUAUCAAACAUACAAAUGUUGUUUAUAUAUAUUUUUUUAGAUAAAAACAUUUUUGUUUUAUUGUUUUCUUAGUACUCUACAUGUUGAUUUAACGAAACUUUAUUUAUACUCUGGGAAUAUUCAAAAUUAUGCUUCAAUGGCGUUUUAUUUUCGGUCAAUUAAAUGAUAUUGGUAAGAAAAUAUACGUAUAUCUGUUUAUCUUCUUGACAAGCUGCAACCGAUUUUACAACUUUUUAUUUUCAUUUUGUUUAGAUGGAUUAAUUCGUAAAUGUUUAAAUAGU